GCGCAUGCGCAUGAGCUGCAAACACUUGAGGGAGAAAAACAACAACACCGCCACUGGUCGCAGCGAUUCUGGACCUAGAUGCAUUUUUUAGAGUGAAUAGCGGUUUGGAGACAUCACAUCGCCUGCAUAUUUACUGCAAUUUCGAUUUUGACUUGACUUGUAGAUGGUGUGCUCAUGAACCUGGCCAGUCAGAGCGGAGAGGCCGGCUGUAGCCAGCUGCUCUUCGCCAACUUUAACCAGGACAACACGUCCUUAGCAGUUGGUACGAAAUCUGGAUACAAGUUUUUCUCUUUGUCCUCGGUUGACAAAUUGGAACAGAUCUAUGAAUGUACUGACACGGAAGAUGUGUGUAUUGUGGAAAGACUGUUCUCCAGUAGCCUUGUUGCUAUUGUGAGCCUUAAGGCACCUAGGAAGCUCAAAGUGUGUCAUUUCAAGAAGGGAACGGAGAUCUGUAACUACAGCUACUCGAACACUAUACUGGCUGUAAAACUGAACAGACAGAGGUUGAUAGUAUGUCUGGAAGAAUCACUGUAUAUCCACAACAUCAGGGAUAUGAAAGUACUGCACACCAUUCGAGAGACUCCUCCGAAUCCAUCAGGAUUAUGUGCCCUCUCUAUAAGUAACGACAACUGCUACCUGGCGUAUCCAGGAAGUGCAACAAUAGGGGAAGUGCAGGUUUUUGACACUGUCAAUCUGAGGGCCGCUAAUAUGAUCCCCGCCCACGACAGCCCGUUAGCAGCACUGGCUUUUGACGCAAGCGGGUCGAAACUCGCCACGGCUUCUGAGAAGGGAACCGUCAUUCGCGUGUUCUCCAUUCCAGAAGGCCAGAAGCUCUUUGAGUUCAGGAGGGGAGUGAAGAGAUGCGUGAGUAUCUGCUCCCUGGCCUUCAGUAUGGAAGGACUUUAUCUGUCUGCCUCUAGCAACACCGAGACGGUUCAUAUCUUUAAGCUGGAGACGCAGAGAGAAAAGCCGCAGGAGGAACCCACUACUUGGACAGGUUACUUCGGGAAAGUACUGAUGGCCUCCACAACGUAUCUGCCUGCGCAGGUGUCCGAGAUGUUCACACAAGGACGGGCCUUUGCUACAGUCAGACUGCCGUUUUCAGGACACAAGAACAUCUGCGCUCUAGCCAUAAUCCAGAAGAUUCCACGUCUUCUGGUUGCGGCGUCAGACGGCUACCUUUACUUGUACAACCUGGACCCACAGGAGGGGGGAGAAUGCACACUGAUGAAGCAGCACAAGUUGGAUGGAAGCGCUGAAGCUGCAAAUGAAAUUCUAGAGCAGACGUCCCACGAGCGCCCGCUGGUGGCACAGACCUACAGCACUGCCAUUGCCAAAGGUUACCCUGAGGAUCAGGGAGCAGUGGGCGGAGCUGGUGUGGAGGACGACAUGAACGCUCUGCACCUGGACGAGGAAAACGAGCAGCCUCCGCUAAUCCUGGAGACGGACUGAGAGCUCCAACACCCCAUCCUCCCCCCCACUCCCCCAGCAUCCCUCACGCCACAGGGCAGGAAACAAAUCAUUUCAGAGGGGGCGCUUUUCUUCCUCCUCUGGCGCUGCUAUGAGAAAGGGGUUAAGAAGAGAGGGCAUUUUGUAAGCAAGCCUAGCUGUAGCCGCCUUGUCUGUUAAUGUAUAGAUGUUUCAAUGUCCGUUCCCCCGUCUGUGGCUUUUUAAAUCUGCUGAACGCCCAGACUACCUUUUUCCUAUAAUACUAAAGCUAGACGUCCGAGCUACAGCCGUCAUGUCUGGUAGCUUUGCAUGUACAUGUGCCAAGUGCAAGCAAACGUUUUGCUCUUAUGUUCAUGGUUCUGAUGUGUUCAGUGGACAUUCUCCUCUUGAGCCUUGACGUACGUUUUAAAGUGUGCGUGUGUGUCUCUCUUUUCUUAAAGCAGAAGACGGCUAACUUGAUAUGCCUGCCACGUCAUACCGUGCAAUGUUUUGUUUGUCCCCCCCCUCCCCCAUAGUGACAGAAACAUGGGGCAUCUCUCAUCCGUGGCUGUUUUCUGUGCCGAAAUGUGAAUAUAGUAACGUUUAUGAUGCCUUCGUUGUUACUUUGCCAGCUUAACUAUUAUUAAGAUGAUACUGAGUCUAAACAGUAUUCAUCACAGGCUGCGCUUCGCUGAUCAUCAGGAUCAUCUUUAGUUUUGGUUGGUUGUUGUUCCCCCCCCCCUCAGAAAGGAGCACCUCUGUUUAUUUCUAGACCAAUAUCCCCACUACUUUAUGGACCAUUUGGGUGUCCAGUUGGGCGGAUGGAGAUUUCAGGUCGGCGUCACACUUUCCUGUUCUCGUUCCCCUUCCCUUACCCUGACAAUGUAAUCGCAGAAUUUUAUGCGCCACUACGACUUUAUAAAGCAUUGACCAUAUCAUCUGGAGUGGAAACGGUGUGUUAAUGAUGUGGGUCGGUGUUCAAACACUGCCCCGUGAUAUUCUGUAAUAAACUGCCAGCCAUCGUCUGGUUUUCAGUUUAAUCGCUGGAUUGUGUGGAUAUCUAUCUAGUCUGAAUAUCAUUAAUAUAAUCCCACCUGAUCAGUCAGGUAGAAAAAAAAAAUCCUCCUCGAUGCACAGGGAAACCGUAUAGUGCGGACUUUUCCAUUAUAGGACAGACGUGGGAAAAGCCUGCAGGCCGGCUGGUGCGAGUCCGAGUCUGCGGUAUGUUCCCACGGACAUCCCAGAGGACUGAUGAGGUCCGUGUGUUUCCUAAGAGUUCUCUUGAGAAGUAUGUAAAAGCUCGUGAACCUACAACGCUCUACAAAUAUACAGCAGUAGCGUAUUUCUGUGCGUGUGUUUAGGAAGCACAAAAUGGAUGAACUAAUAAACCAAACAAACAUUUUUAAAAAAAAUUUACAUACUGAGCGUGUAUAUUUGCAGUUAUUACUGACAGUUCAAACAAGGUUGAGUUCCCGAACAGGUUCCUCACACUAAUCUUUCAUUUCUAUGCAUGAGGCUCUCUAGAGCACGAUCGAAGGUCAGCGUUGAUAUCUGACUUUCAUCGUGACAACCAAUAGGCCACUAGAAUUUUAUUUGAAAUUUUUUUUUUUUUUGUAUAAAUGUGAAUUGUUCCAUACAAAGAUUAAAUAAAAUCUCUGGUUUGAAAAAACAAAAACAAAUAAAAAUGAAAAAACUGAA